CAGGAUGGCACACUCGUGCACCAAAUAUUGGUGGGCAGUUUUGGUCAUCCUUUCACUGGACUGGCUAUCAUCUUCUGCGGCCAAUGAUGCAACUUCCAAAGAUCCUAUCAUUUUCACCGUGGCCAGUAAUGCGACAGAGGGCUACGUACGCUAUCUCCGAUCAGCGAAACACUACGGCCUAACCGUAACGACACUCGGUAUGGGCAAACCGUGGCUUGGAGGAAACAUGAAAUCAGUCGGCGGAGGAUACAAGAUUAAUUUGCUCCGCGAGGCACUCAAACCGUACCGAGCGGAGAAAGAUCGUGUCGUACUGUUUACCGACAGUUAUGACGUGCUGUUCCUGGCGCCGUGGGACAAGAUCCAGGAAAAGUUUGCCAGCUUCGAAGCGUCCAUCGUGUUCGGUGCGGAAGGAUUCUGCUGGCCAGAUGAGUCGUUGAAAAGUGCCUACCCGCCACUUGAGGGACGUGGAAUGCGAUUUUUAAAUUCGGGUCUGUUUAUGGGCUACGCGGACAAGCUGUACAAACUGCUAAAAACUCCAACGAAAGAUACGGAAGAUGAUCAGCUGUACUACACGAAGGCUUAUCUGGACGAUGAACUACGCCAGGAGCUUAACAUUAAGCUCGAUCAUAUGGCUACCUUGUUCCAGAAUUUGAACGGUGUUGAAGAGCAGGUUGUGCUGUCGCUGGAACCGUCGGAGAAGGAAGCAACGUUGACCAACUCCGAGUACAACACCAAACCGGCGAUUGUGCACGGUAACGGUCCGAGUAAGCUGACGCUGAACAGCUACGCCAACUAUUUGGCCGGAGCGUUUGUUGAUGGUGUGUGCAAAACGGUACAGGAAGACCGUCUAACUCUCGAGAAAGAUGCACCACUGCCACUCGUAACGAUGGCCCUGUACGUGGAAAAACCAACGCCGUUCCUGGAGGAAUGGUUCGAAACGAUUGCGAAGCUCAACUAUCCGACCGAUCGGUUAGAUGUGCUAAUACACUCCAACGUGGCGUACCAUGUGGCAACGGUAAAAGCGUUCAUCGAUCGUCAAGAUGGACGCUAUCGUUCGCUGAAGGUAAUCGAGCACGAUGCGGACUUUACCGAAAUGUCUGCCCGGAACUUUGCUACCAAGCACUGUCUGCAGCGUGGAUGCGAUUAUCUGUUCGUAGUUGAUUCCGAAGGACAUUUGGAUGAUGCGAAUGUGUUGCGAUCGCUCAUAGAAGCGAACAGGAAUGUGAUCGCACCGGUUUUGACGCGUCCGGAGAAAGUUUGGAGCAAUUUCUGGGGCGCUCUCAGUGGGCAAGGUUUCUAUGCUCGUUCGAACGAUUAUAUGGACAUUGUAAGCCGUAAGCUGCUGGGCCUGUGGAAUGUCCCAUUCAUCUCGAUCGUGUACCUGGUGAAGCGUGCCAUUCUACCGGACGUGAGCUACGAGCUGCAGGAAACCGAUCCCGAUAUGGCCAUGUGUUGGCACUUCCGUUCCAAGGGCAUUUUUAUGCACGUGAUCAAUAUGGAACAGUAUGGGCAUUUGAUCGAUACGGAGUAUUUCGACAUGACACGCACCCAUCCCGAUUUUUACCAACUUUUUAACAACCGUCACGAUUGGGAGCAACGAUAUCUGUCGCCGGACUACAAACAGCAGCUCGAAACCACCUUCGUACCACAGCAACCGUGUCCGGACGUUUACUGGUUUGCGCUCGGUUCGGAUCGGUUUUGUGAUGAGUUGCGUGAAAUAGUGGAAGCAUUCGGGGAAUGGUCAGAUGGGUCGCAUACGGACAAGCGUUUGCAGGGUGGCUAUGAGGCUGUACCGACGCGUGACAUCCACAUGAAUCAGGUGGGUUUGGAGCAGCUGUGGUUGAAGCUGCUGCAGCUGUAUGUGCGUCCACUGCAGGAGAAGAUUUUCGUCGGCUACUUCCACGAUCCACCACGCUCGCUGAUGAACUUUGUCGUCCGUUACCGGCCGGAUGAGCAACCGUCUCUGCGACCCCAUCACGACUCGUCCACGUACACGAUAAACGUCGCACUGAACACGGCCGGCGUUGAUUACGAGGGUGGCGGUUGUCGAUUCCUGCGCUACAACUGCUCCGUUACCGAUACGCGCAAGGGUUGGAUGUUGAUGCACCCGGGACGGUUGACCCACUUCCACGAGGGUCUCAUAACGACCAAGGGAACGCGUUACAUUAUGAUUUCCUUCGUAGAUCCGUAGAGAGGGAGG